AAUAAUGCCACUUAGCAAUUCAAGUAGAAAAUGGGAUCUGCAGACACAGAAACAAAGCAAAGAAUCGAAAUGGAAAAGAAUGGGAAGAGAGUGGUGAUCCUAGGAGGCGGCAUUGCGGGUUCCCUCGUCGCCAAAAAUCUCCAAUUUCAUGCGCAUGUCACCCUCGUUGAUCCGAAGGAAUAUUUUGAGAUUACAUGGGCAUGUUUGAGGUCAAUGGUUGAGCCACCUUUUGCUGAGAGGACGGUGAUCAACCAUGGAGAUUACCUUACCAAUGGUGACAUUGUUAUAUCACACGCGGUCGAUGUCACGGAAACUGAAGUUUUGACUGCAGAUGGCCAUCGAAUUGGCUAUGACUAUCUUGUUAUUGCCACUGGCCAUGCAGAUCGUGUCCCAAAAAGCAGAAGUGAUAGACUUAAACAGUUCAGAGAAGACAAUCAAAAGAUAAAAGCUGCUCAUUCCAUUCUGAUUGUUGGAGGAGGUCCCACUGGUGUGGAACUUGCUGCAGAGAUAGCUGUUGAUUUUCCGGAUAAGAUAGUUACACUAGUGCACAGAGGAUCAAGGCUGCUGGAGUUCAUAGGGACAAAAGCUGCGGACAAGACUCUAAAUUGGUUGAAAUCAAAGAAUGUUAGAGUGAAAUUUCAGCAAUCAGUUGACUUGAGUGCAUUCACUGAUGGACAGAAGAUGUAUCAAACUUCAAAUGGAGAAACGAUUGAGGCUGAUUGUCAUUUCUUAUGCAUAGGGAAACCACUUGCUUCGGCAUGGCUUAAGGAAACUGUGUUGAAGAAUGACUUGGAUGCUCAAGGAAGGAUUAAAGUAGAUGAAAAAUUGAGAGUCAAGGGUCGGAGCAAUAUCUUUGCAAUUGGAGAUAUUACAGAUAUUCCAGAAAUCAAGCAAGGGUUUUUGGCACAGCAGCAGGCUGAUGUGGUUGUCAAGAACUUGAAGGUGAUGAUAGAGGGAGGAAGAGAAUGUAGAUUGGAUACUUACAAGCCACAUUCAACAGUGGCAAUAGUUUCACUUGGGAGGAAAGACGCAGUGGCACAGUUCCCAUUCUUGACAAUUAUAGGAAGAAUUCCUGGAUUAAUCAAAUCUGGAGAUUUGUUUGUUGGUAAAACAAGAAAACAAAUGGGACUCAAUCCUGAUAUUGUACAUGCUUGACUCGAUACUGUGCAUAUAUAAAUUACAAAAUCAACCUGUUUCAUAGUUUGUGUGGUAUAUUGGUGUAUUUUCAGUUGGUUCUUCCUAUAAAGAAUACGUUUGUACCAUAUAUAUAAUAUCUUUAUGCUUAAGUGGUGUUUCUUGAAAUCAUGAAAUGUAAUUGUGAUUUAGAAGCAGGAUACUGAUGUUACCAUGGGAACAUUGUAUCAUUGACUUAUAUGGUUUGAUAGAAUUGAUUGGAUGCUUUGUUGGUUUGUCUG